CAUAUCAGUCACCAUCACUGUCCAUCAUCAGCUGGUCACCGUGAGUCAGGGGUUGAGGCGCCGUGACUUUACGCUCCUGAAGGCUGAUAUACGAAAGCAGGCAACUGAUAAGGCUGGGAGGCAGUACAAGUAGCCAGUUGAGGUAAUACAAGCCGGCUACCUCUUUAUCUUCUUAGUUAAAGAAAAUACUGGUAACCUAGACUUAUAAGUCACCAUAGACAUGUCUGGUGCAGCCCAAGCCGCGCCGCUCCUCGCCAGGGUGGUGACCUACUCAGUGGCCAUCGCCAACAAUGCCGGCAAGAUCAUCAGAGACAUUAUGAAGAAAGGGGAGCUGGGCAUCAUCCAAAAGGAGAGUGCACGAGACUUGCAGACCGAGGCUGACCGUGCAGCCCAGCGCAGCAUCAUCACCUCCCUCCAAAAGUGCUUCCCAAAGUCCAUCAUUAUUGGGGAGGAAGGAGAGGAUGAAGUGAAAGACCUGAGUGGCCAGGUGUUUGACCCCACCACCGACACCACUGUGGGCGAGAUCACCUGCCCUUCACAAUAUGCAUCUAUAGCUGAGGAGGAGCUUGUCAUAUGGGUGGACCCUCUGGAUGGCACUGCUGAGUAUACACAAGGCCUUCUGGAUCACGUGACGGUGCUCAUCGGCAUAGCAUCAGGAGGCAAGGCCGUGGGAGGCGUCAUCCACCAGCCUUACUAUAACUACCAGAACCCAGGGAGUGAGCUUGGCCGCACCAUCUGGGGCAUCGUGGGAGGCACCGUUGGGGGCAUGCCCAUCGUGGCGCCCCCUGCAGGGAAGCUCAUCGUCACCACCACGCGCUCACACUCCUCCUCCACCGUGAACGAUGCCAUCAACGCCGUAGCUCCGACAGAGGUCCUCAGGGUGGGAGGCGCUGGCCACAAGGUGAUGCUGCUGAUGGAGGGGAGGGCUCACGCGUAUGUGUUCGCCAGUCCCGGCUGCAAGAAGUGGGACACCUGCGCCCCCCAGGCCAUUCUGGAGGCUGCUGGCGGGGUGCUCACUGACAUACAGGGUGCCCCCAUCCCCUACCAUGCCACAGUCCCCCACAGAAAUUCUACUGGAGUGCUUGCCACAGCCCCUGGACAGGACCACCAAGUCUUUCUGGCCAAGAUUCCCCAGAAUGUGAAGGACAACCUGAAGGCUUAAGGCUCCUCAUGAGGCCUCAGCUGUUGGACAUUCUAAUGUCUGUGAUUUCCUUUUCAUUCUAAUCACAUUUAUCUUUUAACUCAUGUAUCCUAAACUUUUUUUCUUGACCAAAGAUUGAGAGAGAUAUGUUUUAUUUACUCAGACUCUUGGCAGCUCAAACCCUUUUCUUUGGUAAACUGUAAUUUGUUAUGAAUUCAGAAGCCUCAUUUGACAAAAAAUGUGUUGACAUUUUGAGAAGAGAUGUGCUUUAGUAACACACUCAGUCAACUGGUGUACCAAGGUGAAGAUUGCUCCAUGUCGUAAAUGUGACGCUAAUAACUUGGGUAUUGCAGUUAAAUAGUACACUGUCCCAAACACGAAUAUAUGAACAUGUAAUUUUGCAAUACCUGUAGCAUAACUAAAGAAAAUUAAGUGUACAUACUAUAGAUAUGCCAGUCUGAUUUAGGGGCAUUGUGUAUUAGUGCUUUAAAAAAAAACAGGUAAAGUGAAAACACUAUAAAUAUGUACAGUAUAAUUUCUGAACCACAGGAGCUGACUAUUCUGUGUGAUUUGUUUACUGAGACAUGAAGAGUGUGUGAAAAUGUCAUCUGUGUGUGGUGUGGGUGAAUACAACUCCGAUGUAAUUGGUGUUUGUGUGGGUGUUUUACGUGACUGAAAAAAAGGUUUGGUACAACCUGAUAAUUUUUUGUUGUCCUGGUUUCUUUUGUCUCCAAUGUGGACCAGAAUAAAGUUGAGAGCUUU